CAACAACGCGGACGCAUCAGUUUAGAUUCAUUCACUGUGGGAAUUGUCGGUGUGAUUAUGGGGAGUGUGACAAAGUCGGGAUGUUCCUGGCUUAAGAUCGUGUUCCUUUCGCUAUUCUGUGCAUUAAACAUCUACUUGUUUGUGAUCUCCUUCGGGAUUGACUAUAAGCGUGAGAUGGCCAAGGUGCAUGUGCAAUUCAGUGAAUCGAUGCCAACAAUGGACAGUUGGAUAAACUCACCAUUUGGCAAGCUCAAGAGUUAUCUAUUCAAUGUCACGAAUGCGGAGGAGUUUCUUAGUGGUCGCGACAAGAAGGUGCGACUGGAGCAGGUCGGACCCAUUACCUACAGUAUUGUAGGGUAUAACGAUAUAUUGAAUCGCACGAAGAGCAGUGUCACAUUUCGCAAGCAUCGCUAUCGCCAUGUCGAGUUCCUGCCGGACGAGAGCGUCGCCCCGGACAUUCUCAACAAGACAAUUGUCCAAUUCAAUAGCAUCCUCAUUGGAGCUGCCGCCAAGGCCGCCCAGACCCACUCGAUGUUUACAGCUAUAGGCUUCAAUGCGGUGACCAUGGGGGAGAAACUGUUUAUGCCGGACAGUGUCUACUAUUUCCUCUGGGAGUUUACGCGUCCCGGUCUGGAAAUGAUCAGCAGGUGGCUUUCACUUGUCUCCAAUUGUGGCGUGCUCUACAAUGCUCUCAAGGAAAAGGAAGAGGUCUUCACUGUCAAUAUAGGCACGGAACCUGGCGUUGAAAACUUCUUUCGCAUUCAAUCCUACAAUGAUGAGCUAUUAAUACAGGAGCAAUUGAAGCGACCCACUGGACCCAUCGAUGAGAGUUGUCCCAUUAAUGUGAAGGGUACUUUGGACAAUUCCCUCUAUCCGCCCUUUAUCGAGAAGGACACGCCCCUCAACAUUAUGGCCAGUGAAUCGUGUCGCAUCCUCCCACUUCACUAUCAGCGGGAAGACGAGCACGAGGGAAUCAAGGGCUAUCGCUAUACUCUUUUAAAGCAAAAUGAGACGGCGCCAAAUUGCUUGUCUAUCACCAAUGAAGUCAGGCUGCCAUCGGGCAUGUUCGACGUGUCCAAAUGUGUGAUAAAUGAUGCACCUGCUGCAUUUUCGUCGCCACAUUUCUAUGGCAGCAGCUACGAUUGGACAGAACACUUUGAGGGACUUAAUCCGAAUGCGGAGGAGCAUGAGGGCUUCAUUUUGUUGGAGCCCACGUCGGGCAUACCCCUCAAUGAGAAGUAUCGUUUUCAGUCGGUGACACCUAUGCCAAACAUGGACGGAUACGGUCACGGUCUCAAUAAGCUGAGUCACGUUAUGGUGCCCACCUUUUGGUAUGAAUUCGAAAUGGGCCAAUUGCCGCUCUAUGUGCUUGUCAUAAUGAGGAUCUAUGCGAAUCCUUAUCUACAGCCGAUCUUGAUGGGCUUGCAACUUUUCUGCGCCAUCGGGAGUCUCUACUUCUUGGUACGCCUGCUGAGGCGGCUCUGCAAAAAGAUCUGCGCCACGCCCGUUGUCCGGCUGGAGACGGUUUUGAACUCACAUCCACAUUCAAAUCCGGAGUCAACUCUGGAGCAUGAUUCAUCCAAGCUAGAGAAUGUUUUGAAUCCACAUCUAGAUCCGAAUCAAAGUCCGGAUUUAACGUCGCAAAAUAAUUUAUCCAAGCUGGAGACGGAUUGAGUCCACAACUAUAUCAAAAUCCGAAUCCAAUGCCGCAUCAUGAUUUAUCCAAGGCUGACAAAUAUUGAUGUGUAUCUCAUAGAUACGUUUAGUUGUAAAUACUUCUGUAGAAUUACCUUAUAGUUAUUGUUAUAGUGAGAGUGAGAGAUCAGCUGAUUUUUGGAGCCUAAUCAGAGCUUUACUUAUCAGCUUCAAAUAAUAGAAAAAUAUACGUAAUUGGCCAUCGUAA